CCAGAAAUUUGAAAAAAAAAAAAAAAAAAAAAAAAACCCAUCCCCAAAAUCCCUACCCUAACUCUACUGAGAGAGAAAGAGGGAAGAAAAGGAGACCGAAAUUGAGAUCGUGAGGGAGAAGGAGAUUGAGAUUGAGAUUGAGAUCGAGAGAGAAAGAGAGGUAUUUUCGGAAACCCAAAGACAAAUCGACUACGGCGGCUCCAGGGAGCUAUUUUCCGUAUUUGUUAUCAUGGAAAAUCUUUGUGCUUCCUUCCAUAGCCGCUGUUGCUGAAUUGGGAUGUUUUGAAACUUCGAGGACUGAAAUAAAAAAUAGUGAAACUUAGAGGCUGAGUUUUAAAAUUUUAAUUUAAAAAAAAAAAAAAAAAUUUCGAACCCCUACGAUAUUCAAUCAAUCAACCAUAGCGUUUUCGGGGUCAGUCAGUGGCUCUCUGGUCAUCAGAUGGAUUCUAUGGAUUCAGAAGUUGAAACUCUUGAGCAGAGGUUAACAUCUAUGCUUGGGCAGCUUCAAGUAGAGUGUGGCAUUCUUGAAAGAAUGGUAUAUAAGAACAAGAACCAGCAUAGGCGUUGCUUGUAUUUCCAGUAUCUUUUGAAGGUGAGGAGGGAUAUUAGACUUUUGCAAUCAGCUAAGUUGGAGGAGUUAGUAGGUUCUUGCUUUCUGGUUAUCACUGGGAAGAGACCUAAACAAAAGGUGCAUCUAUUAGAAAGUUUAAAGAGAAGAAAAUGUGAUGGUGGAAAAUAUAAUUUUAUGGAACGACUUCUGGGAGCUGCACGCCUACUAUCACAGAUGGUUGAGCCAAUGUUGAAAGCAGCUACUGAGAUAUCUAUCUUGCUUGCUCGAUCCUUUUUUAUUGGAUUUUCUCUGACCAUUUUGGCUCUACUUGCACGCCUUCGAGUUUUGGUUCAACAAAUACUACUUGAUGUUGUUUCAGUAUUCAAAAUGGUUUCUUCUCUUGCCCAGAAGAAGCAAUCAGUAAAGAUUUCCCAAGAAGGAAUUGAGGUCUUCAGAGAAUAUUACCCAACCAAUGAGGAGUUUGCUACCCUAGAGUGUGUAUGGAAAUCAGAUAAGUUUGUAUUACUUGAGAGGGCACAUAAGAGCAAGACUGGAAGUCAGGAGGGGGAUCUCAUAGAAGACAUUUCUUUAGGAGCAUCUGCUGUGAAGUAUCAAAGUAUUGAGUCUUUUCUUGGAGACGAUGAAGUUGUUCCCAUUAGGGUUGAUGCAGCCCAAAUGGACAAAAAAGAUCCAUCUCAUAUCACGGAGAACAAGACUGAUUUACUGACAGGCUCUUCCCUGGAGAGUGAUGAUGGGAAGGCAGUUGAAAGCUGUACAGAAGUAGGAGAUGGGAAGGCAGUUGAAAGCUAUACAGAAGUAGGAGACAGUUCAGGCAUUGCAGCUGCCCCAAGCAAGAAAUUUCCACCGGAAGAUGGUUUGCUUACAGCCACAAAGACCUCUACAAGUUCAAAUGUGUUAAAAUCUAAGUCCGGAUCAAGAAAAGUAGCAUUUGUGUCGGUGAAAAAUCCUCCAGCAUCAACACCAAAUGUGAAAAAUCCUCCACUAUCAGCCACCAAUAUUACCACAUUUGACUUCAAGGAAAACGAAACUAAUACUGGUAAAAUGGAAGAUCCAUUUUUCAGUUUGCUCACUGGUGGAAGUUUAAAGGACAGUCUCUUCUAGUUUUAUUAUUAUUAUUAUUAUCAUCACUGGAAGAUAGUCUCUUCUAGUUAUUAAUCAGCUUAGCAGGCAAUUUUGUUAUUGAAAAUAAUCUUAUCUAUUAUUCUUUCCAUAUUA